AUGGCUCAAUCGUCACCUGCUGCCGAUAUGAAUGAUGUCCCCGGUGAAGGAGGGGAACCAGCAGCUCCCGCACUCAUAACGCAGGUGGAAGGGGUUUUCAUGACGAGGUUGCCUGAGGAAUAUCAUAUCCCUGAAGACCCUAUUGUUCUGGAAGGCGACCUCUCCCGUUCCGGUCUAUCUGCCAUGCUCAAUGACUUGCUCUCAUUCCAAGAGCCAGUGGUGUUUGACUUCAUCAUUAACGGACAGUUCUUGCGGACUAGCCUCGCAGAUUUCUACAAGCAAUACGGCCUCUCUAGCGAAGUUGCAUGCAACAUAGAGUAUGUUUUGGCGAUGCCAGAGCCCGAGACCGCUGAGGUUACUCAAGAGGAUGAGUGGCUUUCCUGCAUUGAACUCCUUGAGGGUACACAGUCGGGGGUCUAUGCUACUGGAUCGAUGAAAGGCUCGUGGAGUCUAUACACAUCUGAGGGUCAUCGCAAGCUCUUCGGGCAGCGCGACUCGGACACUUCGGUCUUGGCACUUGCUGGACGCGAGGACACUGUGGUUACUGGUAGUCGGGAUGGACUGGUUCGAUUUUAUGCUCUCGAUGAGAGCGGCAAGCCUCCGGCGCUCGUCUCGAGUGCAAACAAUGGGAUUAAGGGAGGAGUCGCAGCGGUGACAGCACUCACAAUCUCUUCUGAUGGAAGCAUAGUCGUUGCUGGCGAUGCUGGUGGACUCCUCGCCUUAUAUAAUGUUCCCUCUGAGUCGUCCCGUGACGUUGCCGGUCCGCGGGUAGUCUUUGCCGAUCACCACAUGGAGGCUUGCGGUGUUACGAGGCUGGUGAAGGUCAACACAGAAACUGUUAUGUCAGCGUCUUUGGACAGCACUCUUGCGCUAUGGGAUAUCUUGGCUGCCAAGCGGCAUGCAGUUCUUCCUUGCGGGAGGGCGGCAACUGCUCUGGCCAUCUCAUCGAACAGAUCAGGAGUUUGUACAGGCCACGAUGAUGGCCGUGUUGCAUAUUGGGAUUUACGCUCUUCCAAGGAUGAGCUUGAACUCACUCAGCAGUACAGAACCCAUGAGCGUUCAAUAACAGGGGUUUCGUGGAAUCCGAGGAGUGACUAUCUAGUGGCCACGAGCUCUCUCGACGGGACCGUCAGGCUCUAUGACUCACGAUCGGCUCGAUUGCCGCUACAGAGAUGCGAUCUGCCUCAAGACACCGCGGUGACCGGCUGCACUUGGUGCAAUGAUAAGAUUAUCCUCUCCUCGGGUUCAGAUGGUAAGGUCCGAACUCAUAUGAUCAAGCCUUCGCUAGUUGAGUGAUCAUGCUGAGGCCGAUUGGUGUCACAACGUCAUUUACACGUACAUUCCUGGAAUAC